AUGCUUCUUUCAUCUCGGCUCUUCAUGGCCAAAAGUCAUGUUUGGCUCAUUUUGGUGGCCCUAUUCGUUUCUUCGGCUCAGGCUCAAGAGGCUCAACAGCCACUGUCAAAUCAGGCAGAGACCCUUCCUGGCGUACAACCAAUUAAGAACGUUUGCAGCACUGUCUGUGAUCAGAUCACUCUCGACGAUGUUCUUCCUUCUCUUGAUUCUAAGGGCGAGGUGAAAUGUUGUCCAGCAGGCACCUCCUUUAACGGCACAACUUGUGUUCUAAAGCCCACGACAGUGUGCCCUCCCAACACCAAACUUCAAGCAGGAGCCUGUGUAUCCGAUCAAAGGCCUGUAUGUCCGGAAAAUACGCUUUUGCAGGAGGACAAAUGUGUCUCAACCACCGAGCCCAUCUGCUUGUCUGAUGGGUCGCGUUUCGAUGGCCAUAAUUGCAUAUCCACGCAGCUUCCCUCCUGUGCUGCUGGGCUUAAAUUCGAUGGCGCUUCCUGUAUCUCUAUUGAGCGUCAAGUUUGCCCAGCGGGAUUUACAGUGGUUGAGAACUUGUGUGUGCACAACUUACCAGCAACCUGCCCGAGCGGCGAGAAACUGGAGGCCGGAUCCUGCACCCAUUCCCAGCUACCUUCAUGUCCUGCUUCAAUGGCACUUGAAGACGGUCUCUGCAUACAGAAGCAGCCUCCAUCGUGCCCAGUCGGCUUUUUGUUCAGUGAGCAGAGCAAGAGUUGCUCUCACCAGGAGAGGCCUUCUUGUCCCGCUGGCUCAACAUUUGGAGGGCGUGUCUGUAUCUCAGCCACGCCACCUCAGUGCAAACAAGGCCAAUUCAACGGAUGGGCAUGCCAGGCCCCUGAGAACCCACUAUGUGUCUCGGGAGCCAGCUUGAUAGACGGGAUCUGUGUGAUUCCUUUUGCUUGUCCUCCUGGGGUUACCAAGGCUCGAGACCCCAUAUCAGGCGGCGAACAAUGUUGCCUAGUUGGGAUGACCUGGGACGAAAGCAAGAAGCUAUGUUUGAGUGCAUCUACCGGCUCAUCCUCUUGUCCCCAGGGAAGCACGAUCCAAGACGGCCAAUGCAUCUACACGCCAGGACAAGUGAGAUGCCCAGCGGGAUUCACGUUCAACGGCCGGGUAUGCGCGUUUAACAAACCACCGGCGUGUCCACCAGGAGCCAUUCUCAAUCGGGGAGUCUGUACACUCCAAGAGACACCAUCAUGUCAAGGGGGUGCUUUCAAUGGGACAGCCUGUGUCUUACCUCAAGGUCCUAGUUGUCCCGACAAGUCUACUUUCUCAGGCGAUAACUGCGUCUCUAUAGUGGCGCCGACCUGCCCAGAUCAGAUGAUUCUCCGUGGGGAUGCAUGUAUCUUGACGAGUCCUCCAGUCUGUCCUCCGGGAUCAAGCCCUGCUGGAGGAAAUGUCUGUGUGACUAUCAGCACGCCCAUGUGUGUCACAGGCACACUCAAGGACGGCAAGUGUAUUGCUAGCACGGGGCCAGGUUGCCCAGGCCAGACUGUCUUUGAUGGUACAAGCUGCGUUUCCCAGAACCCUCCGAGCUGCGAACCGACUUUCACUUUCAAUGGAACAGCGUGUAUCUCCCAUGUUCUUCCAGUCUGCCCUACAAACACCGUCUUUGACGGGAAGUCUUGUCUCCACAACCAGCCUCCAACAUGCCCUCCAGAAACCCACCUCCAGGGGAGCAGCUGUGUCAGCCAAGCGGCACCUGACUGUCCUACUGGCUUUGUUUUCUCUCCUCAAGGCUGCAUAUGGGGGAAGCUGCCAGAGUGCCCAAGUGACAUGAGCUUACAGGGGCAGAAAUGCGUCUCGGAGAAGCUACCCGUCUGUCUUUCAGGUGCGCAGCUCAGCAACGGAUCCUGCAUAUCUAUCAAUGGCCCUACAUGUCCUCCUGGUAGCCAAUUGCGUCCCGAGGGUUGCGUCACCGUCACCGUUCCUUCAUGUCCUCAUGGCUCCAUGCUUAAGGAUAAUAAGUGUGUCUCUAGCCACGGGCCAACAUGUAUUCUUCCACUUGUCGUCUCGGGCGAUAAGUGUAUAUCUCCUGACCCGCCUGUUUGUCCUACUGGCACAGUUUUCUCCCACGGGAAGUGCAAUCUGUCCCCGGGUACUGGGUGCUACAGUAUGCAGUAUUGUCCCCCAUUGUGA